AUGUCAGAGUUAGACAUAACGUGUGCGUCACCUAGAGCUAUCAAAGGACAAGCAGUUGCAGACUUACUAGCAGCAUUCCCUGGAGAAGGUACUACUGCACUACGCGAGGACCUUCCUGGAGAAUUUCUAGACAUCUCCGUUGUCGAAGAAGAAGCGUGGCUAUUAUAUUUUGAUGGCUCUUCCACCACUAACAAUAACACUGGAAGGGAUGGCGUAGUCCUAGUGUCUCCAACCGGUGAAGUCUCCUCGCACUCCUUCAACCUGGACUUUCAAUGCACUAACAAUUCAGCAGAGUAUGAAGCCUUCCUCAUUGGGCUGUCAUUAGCCAAGAAAGCAGGGGCCACACUUCUGGAAAUAAGAGGUGACUCUAAGUUAUUAAUUAAUCAAAUGAAUGGAGUAUAUGCGUUGAAGGAGUUGACACUGGCUCUGUACCGAUCAGAGGCACAAAGGUUACUAAACUACUUUGUUGACGCAACCAUAACCCAUGUUGGUCGCAACAACAACAGACAUGCCGAUUGUUUAGCCACGCUGGCAUCCAAAUUGCAGUUCGAAGGUUUAGAAGAAACCUUGACGGUGAAGAGGAGAACGGCAGAAUCAACGUGGCUUUCACAAUGUAAAGGCACUGAAACCUAUGAUUGGCGAACUCUGAUCAUUCAGGAGCUUAGCAGCUCACUUUCUCAAGGAAAGCGCAGACGCGAUCCUCCCAGCAUAAAUCAAGAUCCCGUCAGCCAGGAUUGCAGCAGCAAGUGGGGUCCACUGGAAUGA